AUUGGUAUGACUGAAAAACCCAAUGAAAAUAUAAAUAACACCAAAACUGGGUCAAAACAAUAAUUUUUUGGGUGUGAUUGGUGACCCAGUUUUUUACGUUCGUGGGUUACCGAGUUGAUGUUAGAUUGACCAGCAUUUCUCACACACACAUCUCAAAACCUGUGCAAGUAAAACCAAAACUAUCUGCACGGGUGAAUCCCACUUGAAGUAAGAGAGAAAAUUGUGUAUUUUUGUAAUUUGGGUGAACUGACCGUUUAACCACGCAACUUCCAUCUUUUGGAGUUGAUGAAAUGGAAAAAAGUGUUUUGCUGGCUACCUAAAAAUAUCUGGGGAAAUCCUUUUGGUUUGGCGUGACUCCACCCUGCUCUGAUAUAAGAGAAGAUGACUGAUGGCACCAUACAGACCGAAGACCUCACUGGAUCUGACAGUCACAGCACCUGCUGCACCGUUACCUGGUAUCUUCAAUCAUGAUGAAGGAGAGUAUGUUGAUGUUUAUCGUCCUUUGCUGCCUCUGUGUGAGGAUAAGACCUCUGAAUGCAAACACAUUGCCUGAACAUGACACCAUAAAGGCCCUGUUGAAACGCUCUGAUGUCCAAAAGGUUGAUGUUGAGACAUCCUCUCCACAGGAGGCUACAGUGGACCCAUCUUCAGCAUCUGAAGAGCCUGUAAAUGUUCAGAAUACCUCCGUUCAGGCUGCCGUGCAGAAAACCACAAACGCCUCGCUGAAGGCAGCAGUACAGGUCCCGUCAGGUCUGUCCAGGCUCAUCAGAAUCCCUCUCAGCUUGUCUCUGGACUCCGUCGAUGACAUGUAUUACGGCUGCUCCCAGAAGAUGCUGAUCAACGUGAAACGCCACUACCUCCCCAGGAGCACCAGGGAAGGUCUGCACUCCACAUACACAAAGCUGUGUGCCCUCAAAGCCAUGAAGAAUAAGGACAUGUAUGACCCGCUGUCCUGGAAUCACUUCAGGGCUCUGUGUGCCUACACAGCGGGGUCAUACGACGACCUAAACCGAGCAGUCCGUAGGGGGAAGGCUUCCUACAAGACAUCGUUUCAAUUCCACGCCCUCCACUUCCUGCUGUCUGAUGCCAUCCGGCUCCUCAAACUCAACCAAAGAAGCUGCUUCACCACCUACCGGAGGAGCAAACUGCUCUUCAUCGGGGAAUUAGGACAAACCAUUCGCUUCGGCUCAUUCGCCUCCAGCUCCCUCAACAAGGACUUGCGUCAGUUUGGACGGAGGACCUGCUUUGAGAUAGAAACAUGUUUUGGCGCCUACCUCAAGUCCUAUUCCGAGUUUGACUCGGACGAAGAUGAAGUACUGAUUCCUCCGUAUGAGAUGUUCACUAUUGUCUCUGUGAACGUGACGGGAGAGAACGACUUACACUGUGAUGCUUUCUACAAGCUUGAGACUGCCGGGGUUUACAGCAGUCUCAACUGCCAGGCUGAGGACCUUUAUAAUUAGCAGGAGUGUCCAAUUUUAACACUAUAUCAGUUUAGCUACUGUCACCAGAUCAGCAACAUGUCUAUUCUAUUAUGCUUCACUGUCUUGAAUUCAUUAAAACAAAUGGCUGUUUAG